CUCCUGUCUUCUUCCUCCUCCCUCCCCACUGUCCCCACGCAGAGCUCAUAGACUCUGGUGUGAAGUCUGUGCAUGCCCUGGGUGGGGAAUGGUGAGCGAGAACUGACGUGGACAAGUGACACCCAGAAGCUGUAAGUUUCUGCAAGUACCAGGUCUACACCACAACCAAGGCAAAGCAAUGGCAUUAUCCCUGGAAGAGUUUGUCCGCUCCCUUGACCUCAGGACACUCCCCAGGGUCCUGGAAGUCCAGUCAGGCAUCUAUUUUGAAGGCUCCAUUUAUGAAAUGUUUGGAAAUGAAUGUUGUUUGGCAACGGGAGAUGUGAUUAAAAUUAUUGGUCUCAAAAUUAAGAAGAUCAUAGCUGAAAUUUGUGAACCUAUUGAAGGCUGCAAGUCUCCAGAUUCAUUUGAGCUGCCUAUGAAUUUCCCAGGCCUUUUCAAGAUUGUGGCUGAUAAAACUCCAUAUGCUUCCGUGGAAGAAAUUACUAGAACCAUUAAAAUUGGAGCAAGUCGAUUGGGGCAUCCUUGUUUCUAUCAUCGGAAGAAUAUAAAACUAGAAAAUCUCACCAUAAAGCAGGGUGAGCAAAUCAUGUUCAAUUCAGUCGAAGAGAUUAAUGGAAAAAUAGUGGUGAACUGUGGAGUAGUAAGGAAACAUCAAAAUCACUCCUUCACUCUGCCUUUGUCCAAAGAAGGAGAAUUUUAUGAGUGUGAAGAUGAACAUAUUUAUACUCUAAAAGAAAUUGUUGGCUGGAAGAUUCCCAAGAACAGAGCACGAAUUGUGAAGCUCACAGAUACUUCAAAUAAGUGGGAUUCAACAAACCCACUGCCUGAAGAUUUUCGUGGUGCUCUGAUUCUCAAGCCUGUUUAUGAAAUUCAAGCUGUGAUGAAAUUCAGAAAAGAUAUAAUCCGCAUCCUACCCAGUUUAGAUGUGGAAGUCAAAGAUAUUACUGACUCUUAUGAUGCUAACUGGUUCCUCCAGCUGUUGUCUACAGAGGAUCUCUUGGAAAAGACCAGUAAAGACUUCCCCAUUGUGGCUGAAGUCAUAGAAGUGCCCCAAGGGAAGAAGCUGCCAAGAAGCAUCCUGCAGCCUGGGAAAACCAUUGUGAUUCACAAAAAACAUCAGGCUUCACGGAUUUUAGCCUCCGAAAUCAGAAGCACUUUUCCUAAAAGACAUUUCUUGAUCCCCAUGAGUUACAAAGGCAAAUUCAAGCGGCGACCCCGGGAGUUUCCAACCGUCUAUGACCUCCAGAUAGCAACAAAUGAACAGGAGCCCCUGCAUGUUGUGGCCACCAAGGCCUUCCAUCCACUGCACGAUCAGCUGUCAGCUGUGUCUGUCGGGGACCAGUUUCUCGUGCAUCAGUCAGACACAACUGAAGUCCUCUGCGAAGGAGUAGAAAAAAUGGUGGCUGUUCUGGCAUGUGAAAAAAUCCUCAAAACGUCCUAUGAGGCAACUCUGCUCCCUUUGUACAUGGAAGGGGGUUUUGUGGAGGUGGUUCAUGACAAGAAACAGUAUCAGAUUUCUGAGCUGUGUGAACAGUUCCGAUUGCCCUUCAAUGUGAAAGUGUCUGUGAGAGAUCUUUCUACUGAAGAAGACAUUUUGGCUGCUAUGCCUGGACUGCAGUUGGAAGAAGAUAUCACUGACUCUUAUCUAAUCAUCAGUGACUUUGCCAACCCCAAGGAGUGCUGGGAAAUUCCUGUUGCCCGUGUGAAUAUGACUGUUCAGUUAGUUAGCAAAUUGUCAAGUGACCCAGGAUCACUUUUGAUCAGGAGUGUGGUAGAAGAGAUUACUGAAGAGCAAUAUUACAUGAUGCGGAGAUAUGAAAGCUCUCUCUUGCACCCCCCACCUCGUCCUCCCAAAUACCCCUCAGUGGAAGAGACAAAGCUAACUUUGUUAACUUUACAAAAUGAAAGGACAACGGAUCUGCCUAAGUCUCCCAAGAGUCACUGUAGAGAGAUACCCAGGAAACUUCACUCAAAUCAAGGUGGCCUGAAUUCAAAAACACCAGCUGGUUGUCAGAAUGAUUUGGACGAUAUGGAGAGAGAGAAGAAGAAGCAAAGUGUAACCCAGUGGUAGGCAUCAUUAUAAUUGCAGGUCAUAUAACCCACAAGACGGUGUUUCUAACAACUUGCACAAAAAAAGGCACAGUAUUUGGAUUCUUACUACCAUUUUAUUUGGAAUGUAUGAGUUGUCUAAGUGUCCAGUUGAACUGAAAACCUAAGUGGAAUAAAGUGCUAGGUGAAGUCUGAUACUAAAU